AUGGCUCAUUAUGUGCCAGUUUUCCUCAAGGCGUUUGGAGUCGAUAUUUGGUGGAGCGAUCCUGUAACCCUUACCUGGGCUUUGAAACUUUUCUACAUCGAUUCUUGUCUAUACCUCCUUAUUUUAGGACUCGCAAGGGCUUCGGUCCUGUGCUUCUACAUACGACUCUUUCCUCAUGAGCGCUUUUGUCGCCUAUGCUACGCACUAUUAACCAUCAUCGCCAUAAGCACCAUUUUGUUCACAGUUCUGUCCAUGGUUCAGUGCGUGCCAAUUUCGUACAACUGGGAGGGUUGGAAAGGAGACUUUGGGCUGGCGAAGUGCCUAAACCUCAACCUUCUAUCUUGGAGCACGAGCGCCAUCGGUAUCGCGUUCGACACAACCAUCUUGGUCAUACCUUUGCCGUUGGUUGUCAAGAUCAGGUCAACACCGCGGCGCAAGUUCUACAUCAUAUCAAUGUUCAGCCUGGGCAUCAUGAACAUCAUCUCGAGUUCCAUACGUCUUCGUUACAAUAUUAUGUACGGAGACUCGGUUAACAUAACCUGGGACUACGUGGACCUCAUAAUCUGGACGGGCAUCGAAGUGGCAACAAGCAUCGCCGUGACAAGUCUUCCGUCGAUUCGUCUGAUGCUGCACAGAAUCUCCCCCGGCGUGUUCGGAAAGUUUUUUGCGUUCGGCGGCCACGUGGAACAGGACCGCGAACAGUACUUGAGGACACGUGAGGUACAGAACCUCGACGUGGAGGAGUUGAAGGCCAAAGGCAUCACGGCGAACUCGGAUCGCUCUAGACGAGAACAUGAAGACGCCAACUAUACCAGCUCGGACCGAAGCGAGUCGCAUACUAGCCAGCAUCAUUAG